AUGGAUUCUCAAUACUCCCAAUUGCCAAAUUUUUCUACUCAACAAUCUCAAUUUUCAAGUGAAGUAUGUGAUCAAGUAAAUGUGGAAGUGUCUGAAAAGAAAAAGAUCCGCGGUGCUGGCUUCAACAAAGAUGAGGAUCGUCUUCUUAAGGAGGUCAAUAGAUUUUCUGGAUGUAUUGCCACCAUAAAUGAGAGAAAUCAGAGUGGCAAAACUGAGCAAGAUAAGAUUGCGGAUGCAAAGGCUACAUAUGAAGCAAUAUACAAAGCAAAGUUCAACCUUGAUCAUGCUUGGAUUUUAUUGAGGCACCAACCAAAGUGGUUACAAACUCAAGAAUCAGUGAGUAAGAAGCGUGAAAACCAAUCUGACUUCACUAGUUUCUCAUCAUCUUCUACUGAAAGAACUCCUAUAGAUGUUGACCAAGACAACACCAAUGAUACUUAUGCUCCCACAAAAAGACCACUAGGUAAGAAGGCCGAAAAGAGAAAGAUGAAAGAAACCACUAGUGAUGAGCCCACUCCUAUUUUGGUGCAAAUUCAAACAUUACAUGAAGAAAAAAAGGAAAGAGAUGAAAGGAAAAUGGAGCUUAUUAAGAAGAAAGUUGAGCAAGACGAAAAAAACACUCCGACUCAAACAAAUGGAGUUCAAGACGAAAAUUAUGUCUAUUGA